CCUCAAACGAACAAUACAUAUGUUGUGGAUUGGUAAAGAGGAACAUUUGCUUGAAGAUUAUGCUGAAGAAGAUAAUAUUGAAGAAAUGAGUAUUAAGCUUAAGGUAAACCGCUUAUAUAUGAUGGUUGAGAUUCAUGUAAUCCCUGCUCGAGAACGAAACCGAGUUGUCCCUGGAGAAAUUCGCUUGGCUUUUACAGAAGGACAAAUACUAGCAUGCAUUCCUGAAAAUAGCAAUAAUCCAAAGUUUCCUCUCAACAAUUUCUUAAAAACACGGUUCUCAGAUGCCCCAUUACAGUCACAAACUGUU